AUGACUGAUAAGCUAAUCCCUUCCGAUCCAUCCCGAGUGAUGGUCAUUCGCGAUGUCAUCCCAAACGUGAUCACCACUUUGUCUACUCCGUUUCUACGUUUCGGAAAGAUAAAGAUUGGCGGUAGAGGCACACUCGUUCGCCUACAGAGUGGCUCUUUGGCAGUAUUCUCUCCCACUGCUUUAACUCCCGAGGUCAAGGAAAAGGUGUCAAGCCUCGGAGGCAGGGUCAAGUACAUCGUCGCCCCCGACUUGGAGCAUCACAUCUUCCUUGGACCAUGGGCACAAUUUUAUCCCGGGGCCAAGGUCAUUGGAAUGGAGGGUUUACGAGAGAAGCGCGCAAAGCAAGAGAAUGAAGAUAUUCCAUUCGCUGUAACUUUCACAUCAAAAGACAAGGACUCUGUCAAGAUUGAUACCGAGUUCGAUGCUGAAUUUGACUAUGAAUACGUCCCAGCACAUGCGAACAAGGAACUGGUAUUCAACCACAAGCCGUCCAAGACACUGAUUGAGGCCGACCUGAUCUUCAAUAUGCCAGCCACGGAGCAGAUGAGUAGAACCAGCGAGUCAGCGACUACGGGUAUCCUCACCAAGAUCUGGACAUAUCUAACUAAUACGAAUGGAACUGCUCUCGCGCAGAAGCGCCUAAUAUGGUAUGGCAUCAGCGCAGGUGAUAGAACAGGUUAUGCGAAGAGCAUGGCCAAGAUCAAUGGUUGGGACUUUGACCGGAUCAUUCCGUGCCACGGAGACGUCAUCGAGACUGGAGGAAAAGGUAUCUUCCAGAAAGUGAUGCAGUGGCAUCUCAAGCUUGCAGAGAAACAUUGA